CCCACGUGUCACAGAGUCGCUGCACAAAAACAUCCAAGUCUGGCUGCAGCAGCUGCGUGGGCUCCAAACGCAGUACAUGGUCGCGUCUACGAGCUUCUGUCGUCGUUCGCGUUGCGACUUUUAAACCAACUUCGGCCACAAAGCGCUGCAAUAGUUGACUUUCACGGCGCGGAAAGCUGAGAGGAGGCAAAGCCGCGACUCAAACUGGGCUGAUACGUCUAAACCGAACAUGUCGACUGGCACGAAACAAGCGAAGAGCUGCCCCAUCCCGACCAGGGUCCUCACCCUGAAGGACUGGUCCCAGUUGCCCGACUGUUACAGCCAGACCCCCGGGGGGACCCUCUUCUCCACCACGCCCGGAGGCACCCGCAUCAUCUAUGACAGGAAGUUCCUCCUGGACUGUCGGAACUCCCCUCUCGCCAAGACGCCGCCGUGCUGCCUGCCGCAGAUCCCCGGAGUGACGGUACCGGCCACACACGCGCACCAUAUAGGGAAACUGCAGGACCUCAAAGAGGAAGCCGAGGAGGAAGAGAAGGAUAUCGGAGAUGACAGCCAGUUUGAGAUGGACAUCUGAGUCAGCAGUACUACCUCCUGUGGAGUGUUGAGUUAAAACGCCUUAUAAGUCGUAAAGGACUGUAAAGCAUUACAUACAAAGCUCUUUUUUCCUUUUUCACAUUUUUUUAUUAUUAAAACUGAGGAACCUACAAUGGAAAAAGUAACCGCAUGUAAGGUGUUUUUCACCUUACAAAAUUGGGAGUAAAUUGUCUAACCUCGGAUGGAUUGGUUGGUCGCUUGUUUCAAAGAAACUAUGGAAUCAAGUAUGAAAUCUGUUUUGAUUUAAACUUUUUUUAUCUUUUGUAAAUAAGAAGCUUGUACUAUGUUUUAAGUUCGAGGAUUAUGGUUAAAGCAUGUAUAAAAGAGGUGUUUGAUACAUAAUCAGUUUGCUUUUGUUGAAUUCCCUCCAAAAAAAAAAGGGUGGGCUAUCAGUACAUGCCAUGCAUCUCCCUUACAAUUGGUGGGGGGCAUUUGGGGUUUCUACUGAAAAAAAAAAUCAGCUCUUGCUUUUUGUAUGGACAUGAGUUGUAAAAAAAUAAAAAUAAAUGACUAA